AUGGCGGACAGGAAGGCCGUGAUCAAAAAUGCAGACAUGCCUGAAGAUCUGCAGCAAGACGCAAUCGACUGUGCAAAUCAGGCCUUGGAGAAAUACAACAUCGAGAAGGACAUUGCUGCGUACAUCAAGAAAGAGUUUGACCGGAAGCACAAUCCCACAUGGCACUGUGUCGUCGGCCGCAACUUCGGCUCAUACGUCACACAUGAAACGCACCAUUUUAUUUACUUUUAUAUUGGCCAGGUUGCAGUCUUGCUCUUUAAGAGCGGCUGA